GUGAGGGUGGGAGUGUAGCAGCAGCUGGACGACGUAGCGGCGUACGGCGACGGCGACGCCAGCCCCCGGCGCGGCCGCAUGCCUGCCCCCGACGCCCGGCCAUGGUGGUGACGCAGGGGAACAUGUUCGGCUGCUACGACAGUUACGCCUACCGCUUGUGGAGCCUCGCUAACGUCUGGACCAACUGCCAGCUCCCCUUACCGGCGGCCCCGACGGCGAAGGAGUCGGAGCUGUUGGCCGCCACCUCCGCGUCGGCCGCGGCGCCCGCCUCCGGCGCCGCCCCCGCCGACUUCUUCCACAUCGAGUGCCCGCAGUGCCGCAAGGCCUACCCGGGCUUCCAGGCGCUGCGCGAGCACGUGGAGGCGGAGCACCCCAGGAGCGCGGCCUCCGCCUCCGCCGCCCCCGCCGCCAUCUCGCCCCCGACGCCGACGCCCGGCGGCGCCUACCCCUGCCCCCAGUGCAGCGUCACCUUCGCCACCAGGGACCAGCUGGAGAAGCACGAGCUCCUGCACUCGCCCAACGCCACAGUCUCGUGCAAGAUCUGCAACAAGACGUUCGCGAACGUGUACCGGCUGCAGCGGCACAUGAUCAGCCACGACGAGAGCGCAGUGCUGCGCAAGUUCAAGUGCCCCGAGUGCGACAAGGCGUUCAAGUUCAAGCACCACCUCAAGGAGCACAUCCGCAUCCACAGCGGCGAGAAGCCGUUCGAGUGCGCCAACUGCGGCAAGCGCUUCUCGCACUCCGGCUCCUACUCGAGCCACAUGACGUCCAAGAAGUGUCUCGUGAUGAACCUCAAGGUGGGCCGCGGGGGCGGCCGGGAUCGCGGGGCGAAGCGUGUCUCGGCGCCCCUGGCUCCCGGCGGGCACGCCGCCCCCAACAACCACCACCUGCACGCCGGUAACGCCACCAGCGGCGCCGGCAGCAACAACGGCGGCAGCAGCCAGUUCCCGCCCAUCCUGCCCAAGUUCGCGGCGGCCGCCGCGGCCUACCUGGGCAGGUACCCGCCGCACGUCGCCACCCCCUACUACGUGCCCGCGCCGUCCGCCGCCGCGCCACCGUCGCACCACGCCGCAGCAGCGGCGGCAGCAGCAGCAGCUGCAGCGGCACAGGUGCAAUAUAAGCUGCAGCAGCCCGCAGCGGGCUUUGGCCACCUGUUCCAGCAGCUACCAGCCCCCUACCUCCAGCACCAGCUGCAGCAGCAGCUGCACCACUUCCAGGCGUGUAAAGUGGAGGCUCUGCCUGCACCAUCACAACACCACCAGCAGCACCACGAGCACAGAGAACACCAGGAGGAGCAGACGACAUCUGGGGCAGAGGACGAACGCGAGCCCCGACGUCCGGUGGUGAAACAGGAGCGCCUGGAUGAAGACCAGGACCGAGGGUCAGAGCGCGACCACGACCCCGAGGACAGGGAGCGCCAGUCACCGGAGGGUACCCCGCGACCGGAGUCUGCAGCCGCAUCGGCGCCAGUUAUCAAGCAGGAGCGUAUGGACCACGAGGAAGAGGAAGAGGACCGCGGCUGCUGCGAGGAUGUGGACAUGGAGCAGACCAGGCCCAGUAGUGGCCACCAAAGCCCAGGAUCACCACAUGCUGAUCAAGCCAAGGAGGGCGUGGAGCGCCUGCUGGAGUUGGUGGGGUCCACGGUGAGCCGCCGUCUGGUGGAGGCUGGUGCCCAGCAGCUCUCUGGGUCCCCGGCCACCCCCGCUGGAAGCAGCUACUGCUCCUCCUCAUCCGCCUCCAGUGUCGCCAGCGCCUCGUCGCCACUCACACUCAUCCACCCAUCCAACAACAAUAACAGCAUCACAACCAAUAACAAUAACAACAACAACAACAACACCCUCGAGGACCUGCAGUGCCGCUUCUGCCACAAGAGGCUCACAUCUGCCGUUGACCUGGAUCAGCAUGAAAGGUUCCUGUGCUGUGGGGGCGGAGGGUCAUCGUCAUCCUCCGCAGCCAGUGGCAGUGGGAGUGAGGGCCUCGCGGCCAAGUUGGAAGAUGCGGUCACCGCCAAGACGGAGGAAAUGUCCAUCAACGGUGGCAGCGACGAGGCGAGCGACGACGACGAGGGAGGCGGUGGGGGCGGAGGGGGUGGCACCGCGGGAUCCACCUCCGGCCUCCCCGGUGCCUCUGCCGGGAACCACGGCUCUGGCGGAGGUGUCCUGGGAGCCGGCAUGGGUCGGACGGGCAAGGUCCGCGUGAGGUCGCUCAUCGCCGACGAGCAGCUGGCUGUGCUCAAGGGCUGCUACGCUGCCAACCCUCGGCCCAAGAAGGACGAGCUGGCGCGCAUCGCCGACCGCAUCGGAUUCCCCGUACGUGUGGUGCAGGUGUGGUUCCAGAACACACGAGCACGCGACCGCAGGGAAGGACGGCUAGUGCAUGUGCCGUACCAAGCACCACCCCCACUGGCCCCUCCACCUUCGGGGCUGCCAUCGCCACCCCCGCUCUAUGACCUUACUGCCUCACGCGCACAUGUGGACUCGGCUCACAGGUCUGACUACUCCUGCGGCGGUGACGAGGCGGCGAUGAAUCUGAGUGUGGGCAAGGCGUCCCCUGCAGCGUCGGCGACACCCAGCCCGCACCGUAGCACUGCCCUCGACGCGGGGCAGUCUCCGCCCCCGGCACCUGCUUCUGGCCCGGUCGCCACCCCCACUUUCCCCUUUGGUGGGGAUGGUGGCAGCCGGCUGGCCCGCAUCCUGUCGCAGCCCCGCGACUUGUUUGCACUGGCGGCCCUGGAUCGGCUGCCCUACGGAGGACCCGAGUCCCCGGCACCCUUCGGCCGCUAUCACGAGAACGGUGGUGACUCCUCCAGUCCGCAUUCCGACAAGCGCCCGUGGAAGCAGGGUUACGGGGAUGGCGAAGACACGACGGACGAUGCGGAGGACUCGGGUGGCGACCCAGCUCUGGGCACUUCGCCCUCCAAGAGGCACCGCCUGCUGGCUGCCCUCGGUGGCACUGACCAGGAGCCCGAGGGCCAGUUCGUGUGCGACCAGUGCGACAAGGCAUUCAGCAAGCAGAGCUCGCUGGCGAGACACAAGUACGAGCAUUCCGGUCAGCGGCCUCACAAGUGCGACGUCUGCACCAAGGCGUUCAAGCACAAGCACCACCUCACGGAGCACAAGCGCCUGCACUCUGGAGAGAAGCCCUUCCAGUGCUCCAAGUGCCUCAAGCGUUUCUCGCACUCCGGAUCCUACAGCCAGCACAUGAACCACCGCUACUCCUACUGCAAACCCUACAGAGAGUAGCUGCCGGACACCGGCCCCGUCGGCCACCGUCCCGGCCCCGGCUACUCUCGCCGUGGACUGUACGGGGUGUAGCCUCCUGCAGCCGACGCGUGAACU